UCUCUCUCUCUCUCUCUCUCUUUCCGAAGAAAAAGGCAUCCGAAAGAAGUCAGCUGUAAAAGUCGACAAUCAUUCAUGGGGUGCUUUCCAAAGUGCUUCUCUACUUGUAAGCGCCGAAAGCUCAAAAAAUCAGUCACUGUAAACCCCUUUAAACACCAAAGCAUUGAAGUUGCUGAACAAGCUGUUCAAAUCCAACCUGCUGAAGCUGAACCCACAAAGCUAGAAGAAUUUAUAGAAGCCAUUAAACCCAGCAAAGUAUCAGUAGAGGAGAUUGAAGAACAAUCAAAGAAUGGUGACAAAAAGAAAGUCACAUUUGAUUUGAAUGUCGAGGCAAAUGAUGAAGAAACUCCCACCAAGGAAGAAGUCUCCAAUGUAUUGGUGGAAAUUUGUGAUGCGAAGGAGAAUGAAGAGGAAGCGCGAAAAGGGAUCAAACCGAAUUCGGUUGUAUCAAGUAUGGUAUCACCAUCAACUCAUCCAUUGAAUCAUCGAUACAAAAAUUGCGAAAACAGUGAGGAUGAAGAUGAUGAUUGUGCUAAUGCUGAUGAGUUUGAGAGCAGUAAGCAAACCUUUGUUGAGGAAGAUUCUUCCGAGUCCUUAUUUUCGCUAUCGAUUGAUUCUCGAAAACAACAAGUUUGUGAUGAUGCUGGAACAGAUGAGAAGGAGGUGAAUAGUCCAAUGCCAAAGCAGCAAAAUGGCAGAAGAGAUUACGGGAGACAGAGUUCUCACUUUCAGGCAGUAUCGAACCCCAUUGAAAAUCUUGCUCAAUGGAAGGAGGAGGUCAAUGGAAAGUCAACUCCAACAGAAGCUUCAAAGCAGCGGCAGCACCAAGAGAAGGAGAACAUACACACGGAAGUGGAGGAGCCGGAUUUGAAAUUACACUUUAGUCCGGAGCCUUCUUUGAAGCAAUCAAAACUCUGCGAAAGGCCGAGGACAAAGUCAUCUUCUUGCGUAGACACGAGCCUUUCGAGCUGGCUGGUUGAGUCUGAGACCACACCAGAGUCAAAUGCAAGUAGUAAGAAUUCUGUGGGGAACAAGUUUAAUUCACCCGGAAGCCGUGAAAAUAGGCCAAUUCUGGGAGCUUGGACAACUGAAGAGCUUAAGCAGUUGUCGGCUUCUUCUACUCCAAAAAAAGGGUCACCAAGCCCGAGUCCCGAGGAAAUGCCGAUCAUUGGUACUGUUGGGAGCUACUGGAGUCGUACCGGACAGGCCAUGGAUUCGGACUCAGGCUCUUCUUGCAGAGGAAGGCCGAAAUCAACAGGGAAAAACAGACCGGAUCAGAAAGUGGAAUGGAAGUCCACUCCAUUUAAGGCAAAAUUGGAGAGAGCUUUGGAAAUGUGAUAUAUUCAUGUAAUUUUGAAGGUUGUCUGCCAGAUUUUAUGUAAUUCUGCUAUUUUUCUUCACAUAAAUUUUUCUUGCAUUA